AUGAAUAUGACGAUCUUCGAUGAUGAUCGGUGGCUGCACCUGAUGUCCGUCGGCCGGAUGCAGCAGCUCCUCCCCAUCAUCGACCGAAUCCAGGCGGCGAUGGUAGCCUCGACCUUCAACAGCAGUGCCGACAACGAGAGGGCUCGGCAUCAUUUCGCGACGCAUACUCUACCGUGUGCGGUCACGGCGGUGAUGGGAAGGUCUGACCUGGAGAAGGACAACCCCGCACAAGUGUUCCUGAUGCACUGCAUCCAGUUCUUCCUCGCCACCCUCGAAAUGGAUAACGAGGCUCUUCUGGAGGCCCUCCGGCCCGUCCUCCUCUUCCGCCCGCAGGCUACGCAGAACCACCGCCUUCGACCGCGGACGAAUGGCCCGUAUGACUUCUACGUCAACAACAUGCAGAGUGCGGGCGCCGGGGGGACACUGUUCGAGAUCCAGGGGGCCCCGUCUCUGUACCGGGAAUACUACAGGCAGAGGCGGAGGCAGCUUGCGGCGGCGAGGGCUCUCGAGGAGCAGGAGGCACGCGGCGGUAAGCGCGGGGGGGGGGGCAGCGACUGUACUGGCGGGGCCCCCUCCGCCGGCGGCGGCCCGGCCGGAGGGGACGGCUCCCCGCCGCCGCUACGCGAUGACGACGGCAACGCGAUGAUGCACGACGACUCCGAGGAUGAUCUGAUCGGGCCUCGAGCGGCCCCAGCAGUAGCAGCGAGCACGGCAGCGACGGGGGAAAAGGUUGUCGGGGAUAGCUGCAGCUCUUCCUCCGGCUCGGGGGAUGAGGCGGCGGCGGCGGCGGCGGCGAUGCCUGCUGGUGCUUGCGAGCAAGGCAGGAAGAAGCCGGAAGGGAGCGUGGAGCGGGAGGCGGCGUCAGACGAACGCGAUGACACGGCAGUUCGGAGACAGCGGAAUGGCGACGGCGCGCACGUUGAGAAUGCCGCGGCCGGGGCAGAGCAUGAUGGCCGUCGUGCUGCUGCCGCUCCCGCCGCUGCGGUUGGCCACGGGGAUAUGAGCGGCGGGGGGGAGCGUCUCGGCCCUUCGGUGGGGGUGCCAACGGUUGCUAGGCGGGCCCCGCCUCCUGCGAUAGGCACGAGAACGGACGAUUGCACGCCGGCGGCAGCGGUACGCCAGGAGGAUGCAGGACCCGAUCACAGGCGCGAGGUAGUCACGGGCGGGAGGAGCGGGGAGCCCGAAGCUGUAAAUACGGCGCAACCCGCGACGGCGGCGGGCCCAGCAAACCAGGCACCGGAAGGGAACGAUACAGAGGUCACGCUGCGAGAAGGCGAUGAGGGGGGCCAAAGUAGUCCUGCCGCAGCAGCAGCUGCAGCAACUGCUCAGGAGCCCCCGGCCUGUAUGCCGGUGGGCGUUUCGCCUGUUAGACGCAGGGCGGCGCGCAGGUCGGUCGGGGGCAGCAGGGUCGGGGCGUUCGUCCCAGGGGGCGGCCGCGGCGGCGCGGCGGCGCUCUCGGCCGGGUUGCACUGCGACGACGAUAGCGGGGACCCUGACGACGAAGACGACGAUGAAGAAGAUGACGACGAGCUUGACGAUGAGCUGGAGGAUGACUCGGAGGACGAGGGUUACCAGGAGCGGCUCACGAAGGCCCUGCGGGAGUCGGAGCAGGCGGAGGCCAUGAGAACGGUGGCGGCGGCGGCGGCGGCAGCGGCGGCGGCCGCUGGGCCACCGGAGGCUGCGACGGAGGGGGGCGGCGGUGAUGAUGGACUGACGGCUGCUGCUGGUGCUGCUGCAGAGGGUGUUACAGGCGAGCGGAGCUGGGAGAGCAAGAUGAUGCAGCCGCUGCUCGACCUCCAGAAGGUGAAGCAGCUGUUCGAGGACUGCUACGGCGAGACCUGCCCCCACUACCUGUCCAGCCUGAACUGGUUCCUCUGCAUCGGCGGCGUGGAGAAGUUCGAGGCUCGCCUGACGGCGAAACCUCCGCCCAAGGCUACCUUCGUGCGCGGCCUCGUUGAGAUCCUGUGCAUGGUUGCCGAGGUGGUGUCGGACGCAACGGCGCUCAAGAUCCUCAACGCGACCCUGACCAAUGUGCGGGCGUACGUUGCGGGCGUGUCGAGCGACGACCUAAAGCGGUCUCCGGAGAACAGGGCGGCGCUGUUCAGCGCCAUGGACGUCAUCAGCUUCCUGAUAGACCGCAUACCGACGAAGCUGCCGAUCGGCUACAAGAGGGCCGUGAUGAAGACGAGGUACGGCCUGUGCCUCGAGUACCUCAAGGGCCCCACCCUUCAAGUGCGUCUGUCCGGGCUUAUGGAGCUCGGGAAGGCGAUCCACAACAUGCACGCUUCGCACGCCCACCACUACCAGCAACGGCAGCUAAUCCAAAUGGCCCAUCAGAAGGAGAUCGAGGACCGCGCGGCGGCGCGAAAAAAGGCGCUGUCCUCGCCUGACAACAACGCCGACUCGGACCACUCCCGGGAGCGAAUGGCGAAUGAGUUCGAUGACAAGCACUGGGUCGGCCAUGACCUGGCGGACUGGAUGAUUAAUGACGAGCUGAUAGAGCUCUUGUUCAGCGCGGGGUUUCUGCACACGGAGACCCUCAAGCGAUCCGGAGACAUCCCGCGGUAUCUGGCGUGGCUCAACAAGCUGUCGAACGAUCACCUCAAGCUCAUCUGGGACGCGGCGAGGGAGUCCGCGCACGAGUCCAUCCGGCACGCCGUGCUCCAGCUGCUGCAGGGGCUCUUCCCUCACCUGGUCAAGGAGCAGCUGGGCCUGAUCAACUCGUUCGCCCGCCAGCUGCCCAAAUGCGAGUUCGACGUGCGCACCCUCGUCUUAUUGAGGCACCUUGCCACGGCUACCAUGAAGCUGGAGAAGGAAAGAGUCACCGAGCUCGGCACGAAAAAGACCGCGGAGCUUGAGGUGACCGCCCCAACCGACACCGCCGCUGCCGCCGCCGCAAGCGGUUGCGGCGGCGGCGGCGGCGGCGAAGAGAGCGGCUGCGCGCGGAGCGGCGUGAUGAGCGGAAUGGAGGUCCUGUGGGACUGCGUGCAGGAUGACGCGCCUGGAGAUGUCAGAGGAGCGCUGCCGCUUGCCCUCCACGAGGAAGCCUUCUCGUGCCUGCUCAACUCGGUGGGACAGCUGGGGUCCGGAUUGCCUUGCUCGGUAGACCCUCGGGUCUGGCUGCUUGACGAGGUGGUGAAGUGCCUCAAGGAGCGCAAGUCGGUCGUCCAGGCACUGCGGGUGCUGCGAGCCCUUCUUGAAUCCUUCCGGCACUUCGCCAUAAUGGUCGGUCAGGAGUUUGGUCCCGCCAGGCCUGGCCCCGCCGCUGCAGUCGCAGGCGCCGCGCCCGGCGUUAGCCACGAUGCUGCCGGAGGCACCGCCUCGGGAAAUGGGAGAGCAGAGCAGGAAGGGGGGGUUCCGCGAAAGAAAAAAGAUAGAGGGGGGGAGGAGGGUGUUCCGGCAGCAGACGACGACCUGGCUGCUGCUUCUGCUGCUGCUGCCCCUGCUGCUGCUGGGGGGGAGGGGGAGUCCACGUCGCCGCCGCCGCCGUCGGAAAAGUCUAGCAGCCGGAGGGCCAGGAGGCCGCCGACCCUGGUGCCGACGAAGGGGAUCGUGGUGGCGAAGGCGAUGGGGGUCACGGGGCUGGCCCUCGCGGAGCUCAUGCAGUACAAGGCAAGGCAGUGGUAUUUGGUUAGGACGACAACACUCGCUCGUGAAGACAUGGCCGAAGUGUGGUUUUGGCUGGUGAUCAUGGUGGCCGCCGUCGUGGGCAUCUUCGCGCUGAUCGUGCACGUGCACAGCGGCGGCGCGAGGGAGUUCGUCGGGGAGAUGCGGGGUCCCAAAGCGGCAGACCCUGAAGGCGGCGACGAGGACGCGGCUACAGAAGCUGCUGCUGCUUGAUGUUGCUGGAGUGGAAUGCGUUGUGUACCCUCUUUUUCCUUGGGUGGGGGAGAGCGUGGAGCCAACGAACUACGUGCGUGUUGGUGUGGCCACGGCGGGGGACGGCGUGGAGAGAGCACGAAACGUUGUGUCCGGGCUCUGGGCGAUGUGUUCAUAUUAUUCGCCCUGGGGUGUUAAUGCCCCCCCUGCUCGCGCUUUCGCUCACGGCCGGCUAGAAAGGCGGUUGUUGUAUUCUACUUUUCUUAAUUAACGAUUUUUGAUGUUUGCUGCAUUUGCGUCGUGGUUUCGUGCAGUCUAUUGUGCCGGUGGUUGAUGAUGUGAAUGUCUUGUCUGCGUUUUGGUUGCGGCGGCGGCUGUGAUGGAGGCACACCCGUGUGCUUCAACUGCCCCACCCCCCCCCCGUGUCCGCUAUUAGUCUUGCUGUCAAAUUCGUACGGUGCAGCUGCUGUGGGUGUGCCUUCGUGCUAAACCGCCAGAGGAGGUGGCUUUCGUCAAGGUCGUUGGUGAACGGAUAUGUUUAGCGUUUGCUUUUGUGUUUUUCGUCCUCGGCCACACGCACACGCGCGUGUGCGUGUGGUCUAAAUAGAUUUUUUUCGCCGUCCUCCCCCUCGGAUCUGACACCGAUGGAUUUUGUUUGAUUUCUGGUAUAUCCUGUAUACACGCGCAGAGGAGCAAGGACAAUCAAUCUCAUAGAGGGCUGGUGUUUCCUUCUUCUUUUUUUUUUGUGAAGGUGGAUGCGAUCGUUUGUUCUUUCUCGCGUGUUUGAGCUAACGCACGUAAGUGCAUGCAGACAAGCAGUUAUUUUUACACACGCGGUGGUGGUUAAGUGGUUCAAGAGCGCACGGAGGGGCAGGGGCACGCACACGCUCGCGCAC